CCACUCCCUCCGGCUUCUGUUCAUACCAGUUAUUAGUUCUUUCCAAUCCACAUUUACCACAAAGUUGCCAGAGCAUAUACCGUGCUACGGUAUCAUGCCUUCCUUUAUAUUCUGUCUGCGCCAGCUUGCCGCACUCACUCACCACAUGGGCCACUAAAACCUCAAAUAUGCUAUUUCUUUUUUUACCUCGUUAGAGCGGUUUUCAUUUGAGUGUCGAAAAGUAAUUGGUUUUGCACUUUCUACACGAUGCGAUUGGCUUAAAAGAUUCGCGCCACCUUUUCAUCCAAUCAGAAGUAAAACCAAAGCCAAUUGUGACGUUUGCGUCAGCCACAUGUAAUUACUUCGAGUUUUGAUUGGUUCAAUGUAUUGUCUGUGUCCUAUGUGAUUGGCCAGAGUAAUUACUUUGGUUUUGGUUUUACGACACUCAAACGAAAACCACUCUAAUGAAAUCUUGUUACAGCAACAAAAAAACCUAAUUCGGAAAUAGUCACGUGACUGAUGAAGUCAUUACCUUAGAUGUGACAUGAUAUUUUAUGGCAAAUGUUAUCUUGUUGUGGUCUGACAGUCUUCUACGUAUACAAUUGUUAAAGUUAUAAAGCUUUUUUUAAAAAAAUGCCUUAAAGGAUUUUGGGAGAUUUUUUAUCAUAAUUGUAAUUUACUUUUGCAAUUAUAAUUAUAAAAACAAACAAACAACUCGCGGAUAAACAUCCAUAGCCGAGUUGUUUAAAGCCGGGUUAAGAUAACCCAGGCCGGGUUAGUGCCAGAUUUGAAUUCAGAUUUGAAAGCUUAAAAAGAAUUUCAGUUUUAAUUCUUUUUGUCAACAAGUUGACGAUUGAAAGCUCUAAAUAUAACAGAAAAAAUUAUCCGAGAAAAUGCUUUUGAACACAAGAAAGAGAAACCCGGGUUAAAUUUAACCCCGGGUUAAGGGCUAAUCGGCCUUCGAACAACUGGGCCCAGAGGCACAAGCUAAAUUGGGCUUUGUGUUAUACGGGCCAGUGGAGGAUGUUCUGGCUAUCCUAUAUCAGCAAAUAAACGGAGACAUGGUGCGAGAAGCAGCAUUAAGAACUAAAGGCUCUUGUGGGCCCUCGGGCGGGGAUGCGAACGGGUUCAAGAGAAUGCUGGCCUGCAAGUCUUUUAAGAAGUCCAGCAUGAACCUUUGAGACUCCUUGACUACUCUAGCAAGACGACUGUGUACAGAGUUUGUUGAUCCCCUUACUAUUGAGCCAAUUUUGGCUAGUCGGUUGAUUCCAUUUGAUAAAGGCAAUGGGGACGUUAGGCCGAUCGGUGUAGAAGAGGUUAUCAGGAGAAUCAUUGGAAAAUGUGUAACAAAGGUGACCAAGCAAGAUGUUAUUGAGGCCAGCUGUUCACUGCAAGUCCGCGCAGGAUCUUAGAGUGGAAGUGAAGCAGCGAUUCACGCGAUGCAUAACAUAUUUGAAGCCGACAAUACAGAAGCUGUCUUACCGAUUGAUGCCUCUUUAUGAGUUCAACUCCUUGGACAGGGCUGCUGCUCUGCAUAACGUGAGGAUAUUAUGCCCUACAAUAGCCACUUACGCAAUUAACACCUAUAGGGAACCGGCACGUCUGUUUAUCAUUGGGGGAAAGGAACUUAGAUCAGAGGAAGAUGCAACCCAGGGGGACCCCCUUGCUAUGUACCUCUACGCAGUAAGUGUUCAGCCUUUUAUAAUACGCUUGAAUGCCUCUACGUUCGUAAAGCAGUGUUGGUUCGCGGCUGACGACACCGGUGCUGGUUCCUUGGGGGAACUGAAGAAAUGGUGGGGUGAACUAAACGAAUCGGGACCGUGCUUGGGAUAUUUUCCUAAUGCGAAAAAGUGCCGGCUUAUUGUGAAGCCCGAGAAAGAAGAGGCAGCGAGGGAUCUUUUUCGUCAAACAUUAAUUAACAUCUCCACUCAGGCUCAAAAGCAUUUAGGAGCGGUACUCGGCUCAAGAUCUUACCUUGACGAGUAUGUGAGUGAAAGGUGGAUCAUUGGGUUGGCCAACCACAAGCCUGCUAUGCGGCAUAUACCUUCGGUUUGAAGCACAAAUGGACCUACUACAUAAGAACAUUAUCUGAUAUUGAGGAAGUACUAGAACCAUUGGAACGCGCUAUUAGUGAUGUCCUAAUACCAUCAAUUACGGGCCAUACAUGCGCAACGAGUGGGCGAGAACUGCUGGCACCACUAGUGAAGAAGGGGGGACUAGGUCUAGAAAGCCCAGUUGAGCGAGCUGGAUUCGAACACGCAACGUCUCUUCAGGUAACCGCCCGUCUUGUCGCGCGAAUCGUAUGCCAGGCGCAUGAACCUCCAGAUGAUGCUCUGAUAAGAUCUUUGCAGUUAACCACGCGUAGAGAGAGAGAUGUGAGACUGGACGACAAAUUAGAAGGCCUGAGGAACUCUCUAUCCGAGAAGACGAACAGAGCGGUCGAUCUCGCCGCAGAGAAAGGUGCUUCAAGUUGGCUCACUGUCAUCCCGGUAAAGGAUAUAGACUCAACAACAGAGAAUUUAAAGAUGCAUUUCAUCUAAGGUAUAACUGGCAGAUAAGUGGCGUAACAAAUGUAUGUGUCUGUGGAGAGCCCUUUAAUGUCGAUCAUGCAAUGAUUUGUAAACGGGGGGGAGGGGGGGGCUUCAUUAUACAAAGCUUAUACAAGCUGCGGGAUCUUGAGGCGCAGAUGCUUAACCUAGUCUGUCAUGAUGUUGAAAUUGAAGCUGUUCUGCAGGAGAUUACCGGUGAGUCGUCAGUCAGGGUGGCUAAUACAUGCACGGGGUUUUUGGUCUAGACAGGGUUCCACGUUCUUUGACGUACGUGUGUGCCACCCAAAUGCGGAUUCUUACAAGGACCUCACCCCUCAGCAAAUAUAUCGCCAGCAUGAAAACGAGAAGAAACGUAUGUACGCAAGCCGACUUAUGGAGGUGGAACAAGCCACGUUCACGCCGCUGGUGUUCACCACUACAGGUGGCAUGGCACCCGAAUGUCAAGUCUAUCACAAGCGACUUAUUAGCGGAGCUCCUGUCAGCCAACAAAAGGCGAGGACUACUCGACUACGAUGUCUUGGAUAAGAACCAGAAUCUCAUUUGCCAUUCUGAGAACAUCCUUCCUGUGCUUAAGGGGAUCGCGUUCAAUGAGUAGAGUAAAUCUCAACCUAAAAGAGAUGGACUUUGACAACGAAAGAGGACUUUUAGGACGCUAGAUUUUGAUUUAGAUAAAAGAUAAUGAAUAUUGUAUAUUCAAUUAUUACUACUAUUUAAUACUCUUAUCGUUGUUGGUUCAUGUUGAAAUCGUGCCAGAUUUUAAAGAGGAAUUAGUGAAAAGAUGUUAAAUAUUGGUAGUGAUUGCUAAUAGUAAUAGUAAUUUAUAAUAAUUAGUAGAGAAACAUUGUCGUGGAUUAUAUUUCAAGAGAUAUUGAGACAUUAUAAUCUUUUCUUGUCUUUCUAACAGAUGUAAAGGUACAAAAUUCGUUUUAAUUCCUUUUAAGUGAAGCACGGUACAUAGGUCUUUUUUAUGAGUAUUGAAUAAUGAUUUUAUUAUUAUUAUUAUUAUUAUUAUUAUUGUUGUUAUAAUUAUUAAUAUCAAUUGAAUGGGUGUUUGUAAGUUGUAGAUGGCAGUACGAGUUCCUCUAUUGUGUUAGUGUUAAGAGUUUUUCUUUUCCUUGACUUUUAAGAUGUGGACGAGUGUUCUGCAGGUCAUCAGUGUGACAGCAGUGCAACUUGCCAUAAUACAGAUGGAUCUUACACAUGCACCUGUGACAGUGGCUACUCAGGAGAUGGACGAACCUGCUAUGGUAAAUAUACUACCGGUACUUCAUCAACUGCACAGGUUUCACAAAUAAAUCUUUCACAAAAGGAAGGGAACACGAAUUUUGGCCUUUUUAAUUUUUGCAUUUCAGAGUUAUCCACUCUAAAAGUCAUUGCACUAAAAAAAAAAAGUUCAACUUCAAUCUCCUCAGCCAGCUUUAAAACAAAGUUCAAGUUCAGUACAUGGACCGAAUCUUGCUCCCCUAUGAUACAUGGAGAUGGACACACCUUGGCAACCGGAAUUAUCCAACUAACUUUAAGGAUAACACUCGCGAUAGAUUUUCCCGGCAGUCGGGGGAUCACGUUCCGGACUGCUAGCAUUCGGAAUGGCGUUGCCUUCGCAUUAUAAGAGUUGUAUUCCCCCGUAAGAAAGUACGAAAACAGAGGAAAUGACUUGUAAAAAAAUUUAUACUAAGCUGCUGUCUCUUCGAUCAAAGCCUCCGGCGACUUGUGAGAAAAGACUCUUAAAUUUUGGCUACCAGAAGGGUGAUUUGAGAAAAUUAUAUCUAUUGCCUUUUGAAGUAACAAAAGAAGUAAAGCUAUAUUGUCCAGCAGAUCACACCAUCAUUCAUCUUUUCACUGAGUGCGCGCAAGCCACUUUGUUCUGGAAGGAGUUUCUGGAUUGGGCCUUGCGCAUGGUAAACUCAAAAUUAUCGCUUUCAAUAAAAGAAAUUAUGUUUGGCAUUAUUAAUAACGAUUCUAAAUUCUGUUAAGUCCUCAAUCAUUUAAUCAUUAUAGGAAAGUAUUUUCUUUAUGUAAAAGCUCUUAACGGUAAAUUUUACAUCUUUAAUGAAUUUGUUUCCCUAGCUCGUGAUAAAAUUAGUCUAGAAAAAUAUAUUUCUUGUACGACUGGUCGCGAAAACGAUUUCAGAACAAAAUGGUCUGUUUUUUCAUCUCUUUUAAAUACAGUAUGAAAUUCUGUUUACUUAACUGAUUGCACUCCCAUUUAAUUUUAGUUACCACUAAUGUUUUUAUUGUGUUAGGUUUCUUUUUUGUCAGCUUCAAAUUGUAGUUUUCGUUUUGUUGCAGAUUGUCUUUUGUGAAUGUUAACUGUACGUGUGUAUAUUCAAUAAAGUUGUACUGGAAAAAAAAAAGUACGAAAACAGAACAAUUAUAAUAAAGAAUGAAACUCUCAAUACAGGCUGAUUCAAUGAACAUAAGUGAAAGAAUUACAAGCAUACGCUCUUAGUCGUUGUAAUAGGACAGUUGCAUCCUUCAGUUCCAGUUCUGACUCAUUCUGACCUUUUUUUUUUUUCUCCUUUUUUUUUCUUUAAUUUUAUCCUGGUACUCUUUCAUUAAGAAAUUGUAAUAAUCUCUAAUUUCAGACGUGGAUGAAUGCUCACUCAACACUCACGACUGUGUCGCAAAUGCAAUCUGCACCAAUACAGUCGGGUCGUUUACUUGCAAGUGCGAUGGGAGUGCUCAUUACUAUGGGGAUGGAAAGACUUGUACUGCCCACCGUAAGCUAACCUUUUUAAAUUGGAUAAUUAAAUUAGUAAUAACCAAAGGUUACAGAGUUCGGGCGACAAAGAUCGAUGGUCAAAACGCUGUACUUUGCGUAAGUUUCACACGAUAUUUAUAGUCAAAACACGCGUGAUUAAAUCAAGACUGCGUUUCCAUUCAUUCCUAGUGUAAGUCCAUAAGAAGCUGGCUACAUACGUGCGUUGCAUGCGUAAACGCAACCUAGAGAUUGUGAUUGCAGGCUACUCUUGUGGCCUGCAAUAAUUUAUCUGCUUAUAAAUCUGCUCUUUUUUGUAUUUAAAGGGAGCUGUGUCACGGUUGGCCAGUCCACUUUGUUUAUAGCUGCCAAUCACGCGUCCUUAUUCGCUCUGGCACUGGAGAAAACUUAAAUACAAAAUCAAUUGUUCGUAUAAAACAAAUGUGCCUCCUAAGCAUUUUGUGAGACGUUACAAACAACAAAAAUGAUAAACAGUUAGGCUAACAAGUUUUCAAACACCACAAGUUCAAUCCGUUUCAUUCUUGAAGUUUGUCUAUCUGAGCCCGUUUUGUAUUUGCAGUGUUAUUAUUCCUUGUUUGAACAUUUUGAGUAGUUACUUUUAAGUUCCACUCAAUUUGGUGGGAGCUCCCACUGUUUGAAUUUUAAAGAGUUUCUUGACACAGCUCCUUUGAUAGGUGAUUUGCUUUAGGCACUAUUUUGUCCUUGGAUAAAAUUCAAUAGUAAGGUCCAGAGUGAGUUGUGGGGAGCUUUGGCAGUUGAUUCGUGCGCUUUAGUGGCCUUUGCUGCUUUGGAGAGGUGGCCGUUGUAAAGUCUUACGAAAAUGUGGCGGUUGCCAACGUGCAGUUCUCAGGUCUUUGUUUCUUUGCUUUUAGGACUAGUUUAGUCAAAAAGAGCAAAAAAAUAAUUAAAGCAACCAAAGGACAGAUUUUGGUUUGCUUUUCUUUCAGGUGGCCUCGAUCACUCAUACAUUUUAUCGAAUGACGUCGGCAAGAUGUCACAGUUAAAUACCUGGCUUCUUCCUCACUUGCAAAGUUCGGACAGAAGUUACUGGAAUCUGUGUUAUAGAGCCACUAGAGACGGUUGGAGCUCGCAGACCUUUCACAGUUAUUGUGAUAACAGGGGACCCACCGUAACUAUUGUAAGGGUUGGAAGCUACAUUUUUGGGGGUUACAACGACCAUUCGUGGCAAUGUAAGUCUGCUGAAUAAAAAGGCACUAAGGGGGGUGUGACUGGCUGAAAUCUAAGCCAUUAACUCCACGGUGUUUUAACACAUCACCCCUUUAAAAAGGGGUGAUGAGUGGGGUGGUGCGAUUUAUUUAUGUCCAGUACCUUGAGCAAGACACAUUGCGUUGGUUAUUUAAACGAAGUCUAACUUAGACCGCAAUUUAGGAAACCUUUGAACCUCCAGAUCUCUUCCAAGGUAGGUUAUUUUUUAAAAUAAAAAAGAAGACAAAUACUUUUCUAGUCUACGUUAUUUGCUUUAAUGAAACUGUUCACGAAAAAUGGUGUUUAGAUAAAAGUGUUCGGGAAAGUGAAAGUAGCUUAGAAUGCGGUUUUGUUAAAACACACUGGCUUAACUCCGUUUACAUAACUAGGUCAAUGACUCUUCGAUCGGUUAAAAACUUGCAUUCAUAAUUUCAUCAUCGUCCUUUCACGGGUUUAUAACGAACCAAUUCAACGACCUUCUCCCAGUUGGCUUGUUAGCUUCAUUGGUAGAGCGCUGCAUCGGUAUCGCAGAGGUCAAGGGUUCGAAUCCCGUACAAGCCCGAAUUUUCUUAGGCUUUCUUUUCGCAACUGCGUAAGUUGCGUAUAUAACUGCGAUGAUCUUCCUUCAAAUAACUUUUCACUCCGCAGUUCAUAUAUAUGAUUUUUAUAUAUUCAUAAUGGUUUUAUAGUACAUUAGUUUUUUUUAUUCAUGGCAAAAAAGGCAGCUAAGUAAUUCAAUUAACGCACAACCGGUUAUGUUCUAGGGUCUUAUAUAAUGCUGGGGUAAAUUCAAUAAAAAUUUUACAGUACAAUUUAUAGUUAGAAGUAUAUCAUAUCGAAACUCUAAAACAAAAGCUGGCCGUGCUUCUUCUUCCUUUUUUUUUUUUAAUUCCUUUAGCCGUUUUAACUGAUUGACGUGGAAGUUAUCCUCGCAGUUAAAAAAACAACCCAAGGGCUUGAAAAAGCACCUUAAAAAAGUUUCAGGCUUGACCGGGAAUCGAACCCUGCACCUCUGCGAUGGUCGGACGCAACGCUCUGAAGAGCAGUCGACCAGUGUGAGUUCGUAACAUACCCGAUGGUGGAAAUGAUAAAAAUCCGGUUGUUUUUCAACCGCUUAGGUUGUUCAUUUAACUGCGAGGAUCAUUUCUACUUUCGUAUGUUUAUUCGCAGUUCAAAAUAUGAGUUAUUUCAUAUAUUUUCAUUCAUGCAAUUUCCACCAUCGGGUAUAUCACGAACUCACAAUGACCUGCUAUCCAGUUGGCUUGAUUGACUUAAUGGAUAAAGCGUUGCUUUCGGUCAUCGCAUAGAUGAGGGUUCGAUUCCUGGUCAAGAUUGAAGUUUUCAGGUUCUUUUUCAACCGGUUAGGCUGCUUAUUUAACUGCGAGAGUCAUUUCGCCCACUUUUCAAAAUGUUGAGUCAUUUUAUGUAUUUUUAUUCUGUUUUAACUGAAUUGCUCAACACAGCUCUGCAAAUUAAUUUCCAGUUGAAUAGGUAUACUAUACGUCAAGAAAACGAAGUAGGUAUAACUCGAUUUCAGACCAUCUCGGGACGUAGCUAAAAAUGACAGCUUUUCACGAACACUUUUAGUAAAUAUGCACUACUAAGCUAAGUUUCUUUGUUUGGCACUAAAAGACCUGUUGAUAUUUUUCGUAGAAUUUAAAUGUUUUUGUAUCUUCUCAGGGUCUUCUGGGUAUCAGUCCUCGACCAACACCUUCAUUUACUCGCUGCGAAACUAUUACGGUUAUGGAUACUUUAAAAAAGACGUGAACAGCAACUAUUGGGGAGCCAUAUACAGCUACUAUAAUUAUGGUCCAACCUUUGGUGGAGGGCAUGAUAUCUACAUUGCAGACAACGCAGGAUACAAUUAUUACUCUUACUUUUAUUGUCACUGCUAUUCGUAUACAAGUCCCUAUUGUGACUGUAAUAUGUGGACUGGAAGCAGUACCUUCUGUCCAAAUGAGUUAGAGGUAUUCUAUGAAGUACUUGCUUAA